AUGCCUGCCAGCGAAAACGAGUCGGUGAACACGGACAACGCUCCUGGAGCCGACGUUGAGGGCGAGGCCUGCUGCACCCGGCUCGCAUUCAGGAAAAAAGCAUUUCUAAAAAAUAGGAUCUCCAAAUCCAAGUUCAGCCGGUACUCGCGGAGGUGGAACCGCCUGUUCCGAAGAAAGUGCCGAGCGGGCGUGAAAUCACAGGUUUUCUAUUGGCUUGUCAUCUUCCUGGUUUUCCUCAACACAUUAACCAUUGCCUCGGAGCAUCACCAGCAGCCACAGUGGUUAACAGACAUACAAGAUAUCGCCAACAAAGUGCUUCUGGCUCUGUUCACCGGCGAGAUGCUGCUGAAGAUGUACAGUUUAGGGCUGCAGGCAUACUUCGUUUCGCUGUUCAAUCGCUUUGACAGCUUCGUUGUUUGUGGGGGAAUCCUGGAGACCAUUCUAGUGGAAACCAAGAUCAUGUCUCCUCUGGGCAUCUCUGUGUUGCGAUGUGUGCGCCUGCUCCGGAUAUUUAAAAUCACAAGAUAUUGGAACUCCCUGUCCAACCUGGUGGCCUCUCUGCUCAACUCGGUGCGCUCCAUCGCUUCCCUGUUGCUGCUGCUCUUCCUCUUCAUCAUCAUCUUCUCACUCCUGGGGAUGCAGCUGUUCGGAGGGAAAUUCAACUUUGACGAAACGCGGCGAAGCACAUUCGAUAACUUCCCCCAGUCGCUGCUCACAGUCUUUCAGAUCCUGACCGGAGAGGACUGGAACUCGGUCAUGUACGAUGGCAUCAUGGCGUAUGGAGGGCCUUCCUUCCCUGGGAUGUUGGUGUGCAUCUACUUCAUCAUACUCUUCAUCUGCGGAAACUACAUCCUCCUGAAUGUCUUCUUGGCCAUCGCUGUGGACAACCUGGCCGAUGCCGAGAGUCUCACGUCUGCACAGAAGGAGGAGGAAGAAGAGAAAGAGAGGAAGAAGUUGGCACGAAUGGCCAGUCCAGAAAAGCGUCACAACAAUGAGAAACCUCCCAUAGAAGAAGAAAAGAAGGAAAAGAUCGAGCUCAAGUCCAUUACAGCGGAUGGAGAGACCAAUAAUGCCACUAAGAUCAACAUGGACGACUACAUUGUAGAUGAAAAUGAGGAUAAGAACCCAUAUCCUGCAAAUGAUUAUAUGGGAGAUGAUGACGACGAGGAGCCCGAGAUGCCAGUGGGGCCCAGACCACGGCCUCUGUCGGACAUCCAGCUAAAGGAGAAGGCUGUUCCCAUGCCCGAGGCCAGAGCCUUCUUUGUAUUCAGCCACACCAACAAAUUCAGGGUUUUGUGUCAUAAGAUUGUCAACCACAACAUCUUCACCAACCUCAUCCUAUUCUUCAUCCUGCUGUCCAGCAUCAGCCUGGCAGCAGAGGACCCAGUCAAGAAUGACUCCUUCAGGAACCAGAUCCUGGGCUAUGCAGACCACGUCUUCACUGGCCUCUUCACCAUUGAGAUCAUCCUAAAGAUGACGGCCUAUGGAGCUUUCUUGCAUAAGGGUUCAUUUUGCAGAAACUAUUUUAAUAUUUUGGACCUGGUGGUGGUCAGCGUGUCCCUCAUCUCUUCAGGAAUACAGUCUAGUGCAAUAAACGUGGUGAAGAUUUUGCGUGUUUUGAGGGUGCUUCGACCUCUGAGGGCCAUCAACAGAGCCAAAGGAUUAAAGCAUGUGGUGCAGUGUGUGUUUGUGGCCAUUCGAACCAUCGGGAACAUCGUGAUCGUCACCACACUGCUGCAGUUCAUGUUCGCUUGUAUAGGAGUGCAGCUUUUCAAGGGCAAGUUUUUCUUAUGCACGGACAGCUCUAAACAGACUCAGGCCGACUGCAGGGGCUCGUACAUCCUGUAUAAGAACGGCGACGUUGGCAAACCAGAGCGGGCGCAGAGACACUGGGAGAACAGCGAUUUCAACUUUGACGACGUUCUUCAGGGAAUGAUGGCUCUGUUUGCUGUGUCCACCUUCGAGGGCUGGCCUGGGCUGCUGUACCGGGCCAUCGACUCUCACGCUGAGGACGUGGGGCCCGUCUACAACUACCGUGUGGUCAUCUCCAUCUUCUUCAUCAUCUACAUCAUCAUCAUCGCCUUCUUCAUGAUGAACAUCUUUGUGGGUUUCGUCAUCGUCACGUUUCAGGAGCAGGGAGAGCAGGAGUACAAGAACUGUGAGCUGGACAAGAACCAGCGUCAGUGUGUGGAGUAUGCCCUGAAGGCUCGUCCCCUCCGCCGCUACAUCCCUAAAAAUCCAUACCAGUACAAGGUCUGGUAUGUGGUCAACUCCUCCUACUUUGAAUACCUGAUGUUCACCCUCAUCCUGCUCAACACCAUCUGCCUGGCCAUGCAACAUCACGGUCAGACCAAAGGCUUCAACGAUGCCAUGAACAUCCUGAACAUGCUUUUCACUGGCCUCUUCACCGUGGAGAUGAUCCUCAAGCUUAUUGCCUUCAAACCCAGGGGGUACUUUAGUGAUCCCUGGAAUGUGUUUGAUUUCCUCAUCGUAAUUGGCAGCAUUAUUGACGUCAUUCUGAGUGAAAUCAACCCAGCUGAUUCGUCCCACUCUUCCUCCUCCCACCCCCCUGUGGUAAGGCCAAUGGUACGCUCCGACGGUAACAUCCGCCUCCCCUUCAUCACCCUCUCUCGCCCCACCCCCUCCAUGGGGUACCCUGACCGGGUCACUCUCCCGCUACACCCUUGUUGUGGUGGUUGUUGGUCCGUGUUGCUGCAGCAUGUCCACGGGUUUGCCGACGUGUGGUGCUCUGGGAGUCUUUGA